AUGGAAUCACAGGUUCGCAAGCAUAUACGCCACGAUAUCGACUGGAUAUCUUGGCUGCAGAAAUGUGGCGUUUCAUACUUUCCUCCUUUGACCAAGUCGGUAUUCUCUCAAUAUACACUAAACCCUCUGAUGGUACUUAUUGCUAGGGACAACCCUAAGAGCUUUGACGCAAACCUCAGAGAACAUUGGUCUGAUUACCGACUCGGAGCGUCUAGAAUCACCAAAGAUCUAAAGCUCGUCAGUGUACUAUGUCAAAAUGGUAGUACAAAACAACUCAGUGAAACUAUUCUACCUACGCAACAGCUGGUUGAAAAGAGUAAAGAGCUCAACAUGGACGAAAUAUUACCAUUCUUGAAGCUGCCUUCUGAUUACGAUAUCCAGAAUUCUGAGGCUUGGUUCUUCUUAAAAGACUUUGGAGUGAUUUGUGAACCGAAUGCUAGUUUCUACUUGACGGCAGUGCGCUUGCUGAACGUUUCUGCUAAAACACAAUUGAUACCGGUGUGUACAAGGAUAUAUGCCGGCAUUACUCAAACCACGACCGUUGGAGAUACUAGUGCCUUGCAGCAAGCGUUUUCACAUCAGCCCCUCAUCCGUACUCUCACAAGAGCCGAGGCUUGGUGCAAAUCAACUGAUUGCAUUUGGGAAGGCCCAAUAUUUAUGCGGGCGAAAAGGGUAUUAAGUCCUGUAUAUGCAGCCGAUCCAAAUGCUUCAAGUUUCUUCAAGACGAUCUUAAGUAUGCGGAACGUGGAACAUGGGGACUUGAUCGACAAACUCAAGAUACUGGCUUCGGAAAGGAACGAAGUUUCGCCCUCCUUUGGGGAUGAAUUGCAGGAAAUCUACACAGUUCUAACAGACAUGGCGCGCUCGGACUCAAUAAUCGAAGCCGUUUGCACUGACGAUAAAUUUAGAGAAGAAUUCAACAAGCGUGGUCUCAUUUUUAAUUGCACAGUUGUAAUCUCCGGUCGUGUACCCCUGGACCAAGUAUAUCCCAAGCUAAAAAAAUUCUUCGUUGACAAGAUGAAAGUAAUGACUAUGAACAUCGAUGUACUUGUUCAGGAACUCGCGAGGACGGCAAAGGCGAUAACGGCCCCUGACUUUGAGGAAAUCAAGCGUAUCAUGCUUGCGAUUGGCCAACUCUUAGCAGCUGAUCCCAAUGUAAACGUCAAUGCGGAGUUCUUGAAAGCCCUGAAGAAGACGCCUUUUCUUCCGGUACGCUUUCCUGAUGGUGUGAGGCUUUUCUCCCUAAAUCAGCACUUCUUCGUCAACGAUCACAAGCGAUAUGGAGAAAUUUUCAAAAACAAAGCAAAGGUCGUGGACUUCGGCCACGAAGAAAUGUCAUUGUUGCAUCCCUUUUUCGAACUAUUGGGAAUUCAACAUCGAUACCUUUCAAACCAAGUUUCUUCCAACACUACCGUCCACAAAUCAACCCAAACCACCCUCUCAGAGAUUAUGUCAGAGAUCGUGCAUACGCCUUCUCCUGGUAAGUCUUGCAGACCUAUCAUGAAACAGAAUUCUGACUGUGCCAGCUGUGCCAACGCUUACAACAGCCCUAAAUACUACAACAGGAAUACAUCCAUGCACCAGUUACUGCUAAGAACAGAAGUGUUCGUCUGCGAAGAGAUGUGGACGGAGCUUACAGUGAGACAGGAAGACGAAGAUAUCUCCGCCCGAAGCGACAGGGCAGUGGUGAAAAUAAGCCAGGAUGACGGAAGACUGGCGCCGUAUGUCCCAAGCGACCCUGACGGACUCUAUUCGUGCUUUAACACAGAGCUUCCUGGAGCACUCGCGAGGCUCCUUGAUAUUCAAGACAGAGCCGCAGUGAAGGUGAUCUAUCGGAUCAUGAAUGAUAUUAAAAAGGAUCUGAACACGAUCAUGAAGGACGAGGACCUGUGUGAAUACCCUUGGUUCGAAAGACCUGUAUCAUCACAACAGCCUUCGCCAUUUCCUGCCCCGAACGGCACUGAAGAUCCUCCUAUUGACCUGGUUUCCAGCUCAUCUACUAUUACUGAUGAAGCUCUGCUGGUUCUCUUAACUGACUAA